AUUAUCCUUCACUGGAAGUUUGACGCUGUCAAAACGAUGAGGUGUAGAUUUAGUUCAGUUUUUGGGAUCCUUGUGCUUUUAACAAUCGCGCAGAGUCGAAAGAUAUAUUCAGGAAAAGACAUCGACUUGAAACGUUUAUGCGGAGUAUGGUAUCUCACAUUUGGUGUGAAUAACUGGGACUGGAAUGUUUUGUGGGGAUGUCACCUCAUGGUACCUUUCAACACAACAGAGAACGAUAUGAAUGUUUACUCAUACGAAUAUCCCAAGAACAAAUUAGAUGCUCAUGUUUCAAUCAUCGAUGAUGUGAGGCGGGAUUCUUUGGGUUAUUAUUGGAUAAAUUCACAAAUGAAUGGUCAAUGGGAGAACAUCAAAUUGUUCAACGAACGAAGAAGAUCAGACAUCUUUACUAAAUCCUCUCCAGUCCAAGAUUAUCAAUGGUAUCGUUCUCAUCCACAUCGCUUUUUUACAGACUACGAGAUCUAUCUCUGUGUGUUGUCAUCUGCAAGCGAUGGUCAGAAAAUUUUGCAAUGUUUCACCCGGACUCCAUCGUUAUCUGGCGAGGAGAUUUCCAAGUUGACGUCGUUUGCAACUGAACAAGGAAUCGACGCAGCGACGUUAACUACCUUCGGAUGUGGAGAUCUGGUUCCGUCAGACUAUUUGUUGGGUUAACAAUAGUAUUAGCAUUUUUGUGAAAUGUCGUUUUAGUUGUAAUUAUUCAGAAGUGGUCUUAAAUCUUUAUGAAACAAAAACACCGAUU